GUGGCUGACAAUAAUCAAGCCACGCCCCUGAGCCCGCCCACCUUGCACGUCACAUGGCACUGACAAGACCUUGCUGGGAGUUGUUCUGCUCACAACAUUGCCGUUGGGUUCCAAAUCAAUGAGGACCUGAAGCACAGGGAAUUGUUAGAAUUUCGUGGCCCAACAUUUCCUGUCUAAAGGUCGAGGUCAGAAAACUUAUGACACAAAGGUCGCACGUGAAGUGACAUCGCAUGGCAGCCACCUUGUGAGUAGAUCAACAUUUGUGUAGGGAUACAAGUUACAAAGAAGUCACAACCACAAACAUGGAUGAGCUCACAUUUUUUAUCGUUGGGAAAACUGGAAAUGGUAAAAGUUCUGUGGGAAACCUAAUACUGGGGAAAAGAAAGUUCCAAGUGUCAACCAGCAGGGCUUCAGAGACCACACGGAUGUCUCAAGCUGUGGGCGUGGUCAAUGGAGAGCAAAUUAAGGUAGUCGAUACUCCUGACCCAGUGAACCUUAACCUCAGUAAGACAGAGAUUUCAGCGGAAGUAGCUCGCUGGAAGUCUCUGGCUGUGGAUAAGUUCGCCAUCUUGCUGGCGGUGAGGUGUGACGUGAGCUACACGGCGGAAGAAUACGACAUCUACAAGAAAAUCAAGAGAGCAUGGGGAGACAACUCAUUCACAAGCCACCUGGUGGUGUUCUUCACGUUUGGAGACAGACAGGACAGAGACAUUCACGAGGAGCUGAAGACAGUUUGCUGGGAACUGCGCAGCGUCCUGGCUGAUGCUGGGAACCGCUAUGUCAUCUUCAACAACCGGGCUCACAACAAUGAAUCCCAGAAACGAAAGCUGAUGGAGUAUGCACGAGCUCCUGUCGUCCCACCACCUUAUAUCAACUUAAUCAGCAAACCUCUGCUGCUGAUUAUUUUAGUCUCCAUCAUCGUAACCUGGUUUAUUAGGGGAACCUGGUAGUGAUAAUAAAGUCGUUUGUCAUAACUGCACUUAGAGGCCCUCGGUUCAGAUCUCGUCUCAGGACAUUCUCUUUAUAUGAGACGUGAUUGAAGGACCGACCUUCGGGCGAUUUCACCGAGUAUUCCAAUUCAAUCAGUUCUCUCCUAUAUGUGCAAAAUCAACUCAAGGCUGAAACACUGAUGUUGACGCCAUAUCUACAGUCUGUGAAGGAUAAGGAACCCCAUAAAAAACAGCAAUAGUCUGCCAGAGAGGAGAUCUGACGCCUAGUUACAGUUGACCAUCAAAUGUUUUCUAAAGAAAAAUAAAGUCUUCUAUUCUUGUGUGAAUUCAUAAACAAAUUAUUUUAAAAAUGCUUCUUUGCUACGCGGUUCUGCUUCUGGUGUCAUAAGACUGCAAUGAAUGACUGUCUCUGUUAGGUAUAGAAAGUGUCAAUGGAGGAAAUAAAUACUUACAUUGAGAGUAGCCUCCAGUGGGUGGGGACACAAAGUUUUCCAUGAUUAAGGAACUGAAAUUAAAACACAGUGUGUUGUU